CAUGACGUGACUUUCAUUUGCUUUCGUUCAUGUAAAACUGUUUAGUGAGGUCUGUGCAGUUUUGUGUGGUUAUUUAAAUGGACCGUUUUUAAAGUAACAGCAGUGGAUUGUUUGUUUUGUAUUUGCAACUUUUAAAACCAUGUGUUAAUAAUAAUAUUUGAAUGGUAGAAUUUAUAUGGACCGCCAGCCUAGCCUAGUUGCUUAAACGUACCUACACAGCAGAAAGGUGUAAUGAAACAUUACUAAAACGGCAUGAAUUAAAUAUUUUUCAAUAAUUGCAAUUGUACAAGAAUUGAGAGAAGGGGACACUUUAGGGAUGGAUGCAAUAGAAGUUGAUCCAAAGCUGUUUGUCACUUGUCGGCUAUGUCUUGAAGAUCUAGGACAAUUCCAGAUAGUACCCAGUGUGCAACAGCAGAUCAAGUAUUGCUUUGGCAUAGAGGUUGAGCCAUUUGAUGGACUCCCACAACUAAUAUGUAUAAAAUGUAAGGAAAUAUUAAAAAACUUCCAUGCAAUAAAAAACUUGUUUUGUGAGAAGCAAGCAAACUUGAUAAAGAAGGUGUUGAAAAAGGAAGAAAUCACGACUGGCCUUCAGCCCCAACAAGACACUGUCAGUUCAAGUCAAGCUCCUGGACAUGCCAAUGAUUCUACAAAGAAAAAACCAAAAAGGAAAAGAACAAUAUCUUCAUCUAGUGAUGAAGAAUCUGAGAAAUUAUCCCAUACUACAAAAUCAAAGAAAAAGAAGCAUGUGUUACCACAUAAAACUAAAAUUCCAAUGCCAUGGAAGAUGGACUACAAAAAGUGGGUAAUGUGUAAGUUAUGUAAUACUUCUUGGCCAAGUAGCCAAUCUAUGUCAAGUCACAUGCGUUGUCAUACUCUUCUAAAGGAAAAGUAUAGAAACAUUUUCAACAGACAAUGUACUGUGAAAAUGAAAAAAAUUGACAAUCAACUCAAUUUAACUGGGCUGGCUAACAUGGUCGUUUAUAACAGCAACAGGAUUAUAGAACCUGGUAGUCCAUACUCUUAUGUAAUUUAUUCAAAGGGUGAUCCAGAUGUUAACAAUUUCAGUAAUGAAUCUGAACCAAUCAUAAAAGACAGUGUAGAGAGUAAAGAAUCUUCAGAUGAUGAUGAAAUUAUAUUAAAUCCAGCAUCCAGAAAAAGGCGUUUUAUAUCUAGAAGUUCCAUUGACACUGUUGUUAUAGAAAGUAACAGCAACAGAGUGUUAUCUGAUUGUGAAGAUGAUUCUCGAGCAUCAACUCCAAAUGAUAAUGAAGGGCCAUCAUGCAAUGAUCAAUGCAUAAGUAUUGACGACUCAUCUGAUAAUGAGUCUGAUAGCAACUUACACAACAGCAAAAACUCUAAACAACCAAUGGAAGCUAAAUUAGGCGAUUAUAAAAUUGUACAAGGUAUUAUAUCCAUGUGUGUUAAUUCAUAUCACAAGAAAAACGAAACGGCUAAUGUUGAUAUGUUACAUACGAAUGGAAGCUACAACAAAAAAAAUGAAACUCAAACAAAUACAGAAUCUCAACUCAAACAUAAAGUGUUAAGUAUUGGAAGAAAGAUUAUAAAUAAACAGGGUUUCAAUUGUACUGGUCUCCUCAGGUAUUUGGAACACAAAAACCUUGAAAUUGUAUGGAUAGCGAAACCACAGUCAUCAUCCUCUAAAGACACAAAUUACAUUCGCAUAUUGACAAAACUACGUGAUCCGAAAAACAAAGAUGAGAACGCUGGAUGGACUAAGAUAUCGGAAACAUGUGAAUCUAUGUCUGUACCAACAAGUAGAAAAAGUGCUCAUGACCCCAAUGAAUCUUUAACCACUGUGGAAACUAAUCAAUAUCCUGUUAUUGAUACUUCAACAUCAAAAGAAGCUGCUAGCGCGGUUGCCAAUCACAACACGAAUCUGCCAGAUAAAGAUAUCCAAGCAAAAUUGGAUGCAAUACCAGCAGCUUUAUACAGUAUUGAUAGCAAAGCAAGUUGUUCAGAUUUGAAAAAACUUUUGAAUGCCAACCCUGUUGCUAAUCCUAAACAAUUACCUAAGAAAUUAGGACCUGGCAAUGAAUCCAGAUCUAAUAAAACAAAUAGUAAACCACAUUCAUCGUCUAUUAGUAAUGAUGUUGAUAAUUAUUGUAUGCCUAUCAUAACUUCUACGACGUCUUUAGCUGUGGUUCCUAAUAAGGACCAGGAACAGUCUGGCCUUCAAAAGAGUACAGAUACACCCGCACCAAGAAUUAAAGUGAAGCCAGCUUCUGAGUUGAUGUCUGAAAGAACUUUAAAUUGUCUCAUGAAAGAGCAAUCACCGCCUGUUACAAGCACCAUGAUGGUAAGUCAAAUUGAUAAUGUGUGGCCGCACAACCACUCUGUAAAUGUUUUUGUUCCGAACAUGGGACCGUCGCUGCACGUCACCAGCCAACCCUUACCAAUAGUUGAAAUGCCAGCUCAUAAUACGGGCUCUCCAUCUCUAUAUCAAGUUAUACCUACUUCUACACAAUCAAACAGUAAUGAUGAUUAUGUUAUAUUGGAUUCCACAGAUUUACCGAACACUAAAACAGACUCGCCUUUUAGAUAUUUCAAAGAUUUGUUGCAGAUGCACAGUUUGAUUUUAUGGGAUUCAUGUCAAUUAUUACCCAAAGAAUUUAUUAGUAUUAUCAAAUUCAAAGUUGUAUUUAAACAAGACCAUAAAAAAGAAGAACCGGUUAUGCUUUGUCUCUCGUUUUUAUGUCUUAAGAAUAGUUUUUGUUUGAAGUUUAAAGACAGAAAUCAGCAUAGCCUGGAUAUAAAUAAUAUAUCCGCAAAUUGGCAAUGGGAGCUUCUUCAAAUAUAUCGUGGAGAUGUUAGCAAAAAAGUUUUACAAAAUGCUAGGAAAUUCGGUAAAGAAACGUACGAUUAUACUUACAAUUUCUUUUGUUUGCUCAAUUCGAUUAAGUGUCAUAAGGUUCAUUCAAAUAAUUAAUUUGUUUUGGCAUGAUUGCUCUUUUUUGUAUUAAAAAAACCUAAAAUACAAUAAAUGUUAGGUUUCCUGGUCUAGUCAGUUGAAAAUGCGAGACUUUAUUUAAAUUUAAACAUGGUGCGGUUAUGCAAAAUAGAAGCGUAGAAAGUCCUUUGCCUGUACUACGUUUUUGUGAGCCACCAAGACAUCUUAUUUUUAGUCUUUUGAUAACUGCGAGCUCUAAGCUCAGUCACUAGAGGGUUCGGUUGACCUUCCAGCGUAGGUUUUUAUAUCCCACUAUGUCUUGGCAACAAGUGUGUUGGUGGAUCUCCUCCGUUUCAGGAGCCAUUAUUUAGGGUUCGUUGCACGCACAUUGUUCUACUUUUGCUGACGGAGUCUUAUAGUGUUAUGUUGCCCCGUAUUUUAAGCAAUGAAUUGUUUAUGAGUAGGUACCCGGCUUGUUAUCAACGGAUGGAUCCUAGUUCAUUUCCUAUUGGUUUUUGUAAAGAUAUCUCUUAUUCUUGACAUGUGGUUUCCAUGUUCUAUCGAUGUGAAGCCUAGGCUAUAAUGUCUAUGAGGAUCAUUUGGGGGAAUAUCAGUGCCGGAUCAAGUAGGCAUGUAACAAUUUCAGCCAAGGGCCCUUGGCUUCGGUAAAAAGGCCAAAAUUGACAAAAAGGCGAGAGCGAAGCGAGCAAGGUUUUUCCAGCAAUUUUACGACUAAACCUCCUUUCAGAGUUCCGUACCCAAAGGGAAAAACGUGAUCAUUACAGCUUUUGGCGUGAAAUUCGGAGAGUAGGACUCUAUUUAGUGUUUUUGUUUUUUAUCACUUCCUCAAGCUCAAGAACAUUUGUCGAGAGGCCAUUGAUGUUCUUCGUUGGUAGUGAAACUACAAAUAUAAUCUUGCUAAGUGAUCGCACGAGCGCAGAGUACAGACAUUUUAACAGAUGCCUUCGUCCUUUUCGUAAACAGUCUAAAGUUGAAUACCAUAUAUAAUACCUAUUUAGAUAGGUUAAGUUUAAUAUGUAUGUUUUUUUUUUAUUUCAUAUACAUAUUGUCUCUAAGAAAUAAACCAGUGUAGUAGUCUUAGUUUAAUGUGUCAUAAUAUCUUGAUAAGCAAUUGGGAGAAACAAUAAGAUAUCUAUGAUUAUAGAAAAGAAAGUCGUGUUAGUUACGCUACAUAUAACUCAAGAAUGGUUGAGAGCUGAAAAUAAGAAGGAAGAUAGCUUAGACCUGGCAGAACAACAUAUGAGUUUUUUAUCACCAUCCAGCUAGGGUAAGCAGUUAUCUCGGGACGAAAUGAUGAAACAGCGAAUGCUAGUCGGUACCCUUAUUGAUAAAAGAAACUUGGUUAUUAUAAGUUGUAUAUAUCUACUCGACUUGUGACGAUAGGCAAUUUCAUAUCCUUAGUUGAUGGUUGUUACGGUUUAUCAGAAGCAAGUCUAACUGCAAGUAAAUAAGUCUUUUUACAGUUGCCAAAAUUAUUCAAACUUGGGGCUGAGUUUUCUUGAUGAUUAAGUUGGUGAGAAUUCAAAUGGGGGUGUACUAAAAGAACAGUAUUUUAACUGUUAUGUCGGACAUUGCUCUUGUUGUGUAGUUUUAAAUUCUACUUCUUGUUGCAUAACUACUUUUUACAUGUUUGUGACUGAGCAAUCUGUUUUAAGGUGUCCCCACAAUUAUCGAAGAUCUACUCGACUUUCGCCGUCGGUUGGCGUCGUUUUAGAGCCGAGCCGAUGCGAAUGGUAGGUAUUAGUAGCAUUGUUCCUUGUUACGUAGACAUGGGGCUUUUUUGACCGGUGUUAGCCCAUUCCGCGGCGAUAAAUGUGGGGAGACCCUUACUAAAUUUUCAUUUUUUAUUUUUCAGUAGAACUAAGUUAUAGUUUUCUUUGUAUUGUGUGACAGCCUUAGUUUUGUAAAAAUAGAUUGUAACCUUUGGCUGAAGCAACAAUUAGUGAUAACUAAAUGUUUAUGAUACGUUACUUGUUAUACAAGUAGGUACUUUAAGUUUUAUGUUAUCUGUUCUAUAUCUCUAAAUGUAAUUAGUUACAUAUUUACAAUAUUGUCAAAAGGUACCUAAUAAAUUCAGAAAAGUUUUAAAAU